AAUAGUUGUAUAUACCUAUAUAGUCUUUUGCUGUGCUGUUGUGAGUAUUCAAGUGAUAGCAAAGGAUGGACUAGAGAAGGGUGGCCUACUCCUUUAACACCUAAAAGAGAGAGCUGCUUUCAGAAGUUGCUGGAUGUGACUAUGGCAAAAUAAAUGGAGAUUCAUGAUGGAGUUAGUUAAGAACAGGGAAAAGCAGAUAGCACUGAGGAGAAGGUUCAGAAGGCAUACCAUCUACAGUUUCACUUCCCUAAUACAUUAGAAGAUGCUGACUGUUGAAAGUGGGAAGUUGACAUAAAAUUUUAAUAAAUGAUCCUCUUAGAAUGUAGUCCCCAAAAGUUGCCUAAUAAGCCACAAAAGGCGAAAAAAAAAAUGUAGCCUAAGUGAGUAUAUGCAAACUCUAUCAAUAAUAUUUUUGCAUGUAGAUGCACACAAAUACUUGAAUUUUAUUCUUGCUGAUGUUUUAAGGAAGAGAUACCAAGGAUUUUCUGCAGAGAGCAGACAGUCUUUCUCAAUAUGACUUCAGAGAUCACUUAUGCUGAAGUGAAGUUCAAAAAUGAAUCUACAUCCUUAGGCACCAACUCAGAUCCUCCUGCAGCUCCCAAAGAGAAGACCAGCCUUCACAAAAGUAACCCUGGUUUUCCCAAGGCACUCUUACUCUCAUUGCUGAUACUUCUGCUAUUAUUGGCAAUAUCGUUUUUUAUCGCUUUUAUCAUUUUUUUUCAAAAGUAUUCUCAGCUUCUUAAAGAAAAAAAUGCUAUAAAAGAAGUUACUCACCCAGCAUUGGACUGUAUAAAAGAAAAUGGGACCAUGAAAGAGAAAGAUUGGAGCUGCUGCCCAAAGAAGUGGGAGCCAUUUAGUUUGAACUGCUACUUUAUUUCUACUGAGGCCAAAAACUGGACAGAGAGUAAAAACAACUGUGCAGCAAUGAAGUCUCACCUGCUGGUGAUCAACACCAAGGAAGAGCAGGAUUUUAUCAUUGGGAAACUGGAUAGAAAGAGCGCUUAUUAUGUGGGGCUGUCAGACCCAGAGGGGAACAGAGCAUGGCAAUGGGUUGAUCAGACACCAUACAAUGCAAGUGCCGCAUUCUGGCAUCAAGGUGAACCCAAUAAUCCUAUGGAGCGUUGUGUUUUCCUGAAUAAACGUCCACAAGGCUCAUGGGGCUGGAAUGAUGCUGAUUGUAAGGACUCUCAAAGGUUAAUUUGCAAGAUGAGGAAGAUCUACUUAUGAGUGGGAAAUUCUCCAUGAACAUGCCAUUGAAUUAGUAGCCACCAAUAAAGAGUUAAAUAUGUUUCUUU